UUCAAUUCUUGGCUUUCUUCUCUCUCUCUUUAAGGAUCCGAAUUGACCCCCGCCGCUGUUGCUUGCCAUCAUUACUACUACGCUAGUCACGCCCAAAAUGCCCCUGCCGUGUUGUAUGAGCGCUGAAGAGCGCGAGGCACAGCAGCAAGACGCCGACAUUGCGAAACAGUUGCGGACGGAACGCGAGCUUGUCAAGCGCGAAAUCAAGCUGCUGCUCCUCGGCGCCGGAGAGUCCGGGAAGAGCACGUUCGUCAAGCAGAUGCGAAUCAUUCAUGGCGAAGGUUUCAACGCCAAGGAUUGCCUGGAAUACAAACACUUGGUGUUCCAGAACAUUCUACGAUCAACACAAGCACUGGUUGGCGCCAUGGUCGAUCUGCGCAUUGCCUUUGAAAAUGAAGACCUGAAGGACUCUGCAAAGCGCAUCGCUCUACUCGAUGCUGCACAGUACAAGUCGUUCCGAGAAGACGCAGCCUUUUUGAAGGCGUUCUGGGCCGAUAUUGGCGUGCAACGCUGCUUUCGACGCUCACGAGAAUUCCAACUUACCGACUCGACCAAAUACUAUUUCGACAGCAUAGACCGCAUCGCCGAGGCGGAUUACGUUCCGACCAUUCAAGACGUCCUGCGGGUGCGUGUGCCGACAUCGGGCAUUGUCGAAAACCAGUUUGAGAUUAGCAAAUCCAUCUUCCGCAUCAUUGACGUGGGAGGGCAACGAUCGGAACGACGGAAAUGGAUUCAUUGCUUUGAAAACGUAGCAUCAAUCAUCUUUCUAGUCUCCUUGUCCGAAUACGACCAGCAACUCUUUGAAGAGGAGACACAGAAUCGGUUAAAGGAGAGUCUGCGAUUAUUCGACAACAUUGUCAACUACCGAUGGUUUUCGAAAACAUCCAUCAUUUUGUUCUUGAACAAGACUGACAUUUUUGACGAGAAAAUUCGCUAUUCCAACCUCCGAGACUACUUCCCAGAAUACGAUGGUGCUGAUCAGGACGGGAACCAUGCUCGUGAAUUCAUCUUGACCAAGUUUGCCGACCUCAACCGUAUGGACGGCAAAGCGUUGUACCCGCACUUUACCUGCGCAACCGACACGGAAAACAUUCGCUUUGUCUUCAUGUCCGUUAAAGACACGAUUCUCCAACAGAAUCUCAAGGAUUAUGGGUUGAUGUGAACUCAUGCUGUAUUUUCUUAUGCACCCUCGUGCAGCUUUCCGCAUUGGAAUUUGUGGUUUCGUUUGGAUGUUGUUAAUUUAAGACAAUUCAGGACAA